CCUUCAAUCGGUCCAGACUUGGAGCCCAACGACUCCACACCAUCGCCUGACUAUAUCUUCGCGGCGCCUGAUAGUCCUGCAGCCAGUAUCGAUGGUGCUAUGGACGCCUCUCCGGACUUCGUAACCCUAAACUAUGGGACCAGACAGAUAGCGACUUCUCGUUUCUACCUCGCAAGAUCCCCUGUGUUCGCGCGAUUCUUCGCGAGCAACCCCGCAGCUCGGCACAUGAAGAUAUUCGGAGAUGUAGAUGAAGUUGCCCUCGGACAUGUACUGCAAUAUUUACAGAAUGAUAUGGUCUAUCCUUUCUUCUGGACCAAAGCAACCGGAUUCGACUACGCGCUUUAUCAUCGGGUGCAUCAACAGGCCGAAGUUCUGGAGAUCUGGGACCUGACGGAUUGGAUUCAGGAUCAGAAGUACAUCGGUGCCAUCAAGACGAUUACGGAGGAGGUUAUCGAGGAGAUCCGACCCGGCCAGCCAGCGAGGUCAGUGGAGCGACAAGGCGAUGUUGAACUGCAGCAACAUAUCGUGACAAAGGUGCGAUACUUCCAUGUUUGUCCACGUGGGACUAUAACGCAUCGGACGCAGAGGGGCAUACCGAUCUUGUGCGGUCACAAGUGCACCAACAGGUCAGACUACGAUCCCGGCCAUUUCGAGGAGGUACCAUAUGUGGAGGUGGUGACGGUGACGAAGAGGCUGGUGUACGAUCCAAAUGUGUGUAAGAGAAAGGCUGAUGUAGAUGAGUCCGAGACAGAGGUACAUGAGGUGGCACCGGACGAGUAGGAUCUUCGCGAUA